AUGGGAUUGAAGCCUUUUAAAAUCUGCUGUUUGAAUGACAGCAUAGCUGCUUUGUGAGUCAUGCUGUGAUGUAAUAAGAGUGUGUAGUUAUCUAAAGGUGCUUAGUGUAGCACAGCAAGUCUUUAGGAAAAUAUGUGCACAGUCAGCUGAGGUGGAUUUUGAAACAGCCAUGAAGUAUCCUCUGGUUCCUUUAAUUAAUGACCUAACAUUUCCUCUCCUUUUCUUUUGGUUUUGUUUGCCCUUUGGAAUAUUAUUGAUCCUUUUAGUUUUCUGGCUUCAGCAUCUGCUCAAUGAUGAAGCCCAAGUACCUAUCAUUAGAGAGAUAAAGAUGCCACCCUCUGAUAAUUCUGAUGGGAAUGCUGAUCUCCAGUUGGAAAAUGAAUCCAGAGGAGAUAACAACCAGUGCAAGAUGCCCAGAAAAGCCUCAAAAAGUGCCAUGACGACAACUCCACCUAUGAAAAAAAUGGGGCCCAAGCCUGCCUAUUUGAGUUCAAAAGAGACCAGCCAGAGAAAAAGCCUCUCUGCCUUUAUUUCAGACAGAUUGGAUCAGGGUGUAAAACAGUAUUGCUCUGAGAAGAGCUCCUUAUUUAAUACAGUGAUGCUGCUGUCCGCUCUACUGAUCUCUCUCCUCUUCAGCCUUCUUUGCCAAUUGCUUGAGGUCUCUAAUGGUCUGCGAAUUCAGAUGCUGCCUUCAUCUCUGGCUAUCCGUGUAUAUCAACUGUUUGCCUGGCUGAAUGAAAUGCCUGUGAAAAUAAUGAUUUCCUUGAAACGGGAAAUCUGUGCUCGAUCGGCUUUUCUCAUUGAGAGAGAAAAGAAGCUGUAAAGGCUAAUGUUACGUGCAUGACAGAAUUAAAAUAUAGCUACUCCACCAACCAAAGAAUAUGUCACGUGUGCUUGUAGUAAUCAAUUAUUUGGCAAGGGAAUACUAGAAUGUGCUUCAUAAUUCAGAUAUAUAUAUUAUUAUCUUCUAGGGAGGGGUGGGGGGAAUUAAUUUUUUCACACAUUGGGUUUUUCCAUUUCAAAACUUGAACAAAACAUUUAAACUGUUAUCAGCUUAUCUUGAACCAAAAGCUCUUUUUCUACAGAAGCAGAAUAAGGUUGUGAUAUACAUAUACUUGAAAAGUGAAGAGUAAUUAGAAUUCCCACACACAGCCACACACACAAUAUUUAGCAGAAUAAAUGACUGCAACUUUCAAAAUAACUUUCAGAAACAGCAAAUACAAAGGAACAUCUUGCCUUCUUGUUCCUUGAUUUCCACUGUGGCUGCAAAUUACCCCCUUUCCCUCUCUUCCAGCUAUUAACCAAGGCUGCAUAAUUUGCAUAGCGGCAAAGGUGUGAUUUCCCCCCCCCCUCCAUGGGUGGGAUUCUUCGAGAGGUGUGACCAUUCCUAUUUUUCUUUGGCCACACCCUUCCCUGCAAUGUGGCCCUUGGAGGGUUGAUCAACAGUAAUGCAACCCAUGGGCCAAAAAAGAUUGUUUCCUAGAAAUCUAGUAGUCUGGUAGACAUUCCAGUGCAGUUUUUAAAUUAAAUAUCUGUUCACUUUAUCAGUUUGAGUGCAAGAACUCAGGCAAGUGUGAGACCUUUAACUGCGCUGCAGACAUAUAAUUCCUGAUUGUUUUUUAAUGAUUGAUACAAGAGCAACAUCUAUGUACAUCCUCGUCUUUGUCUCCUGUGCAUAAAAUUGUGGUGUGUCUCUAUGGCUGUUAGUGUGGUAUCUUCAAACCAGAGUGUGCAACCAAUGUGUGAUGUGCAUCUGUCAACUCUGACUAAGCUAGCUAUGGUUUUAAAGGGAAACAAGUGCCCCUUUAAAGAGUGACAAAAGUAUUUCCACUAUAAGCGUCAAACCUUUAUAGCUUAUUAAAAUGACACUUGUUGAAGUCUAUAAAUGUGGCAAAGUUCAAAUGGGUCAAACAAAAAUGGCCACAGGUACAGCAAUGUAAACUGUUAGAAAUUAACAAAGUGACACCCCUUUUUUAUACUCGUUUUUAUACAAGCAUAUCAAAUUCGUGAGAUUUGAAAACCUAAGAAACACACACCCAUACACUGCUUCAACAUUUUUAAUUAGUGGGCCUCUCAUAAUUCACAGUGGUACUAGGAAACAUGACUACAUGCAUGGCACCCCAAGCCAUUAGCAGCGCUCCUGCAUCACAGGACACCCCCCAAAAUCUCUGUCUGUUUAAUACAUUCUGCCAGCUACUAGUUUGUUAAAUCUGUCUGUGAUACCUUCUAGAAGUGGUUUUGUUGUGAGAUGUACAAAGGUGAGCAUGAGUACCCUUAACUGAUACAGACCCAAUUUAUAGUCCUAGCUAAUGCAUAAAGGAAGCUUUGUAUGGAAACAUAUUGUGUGCCUGAAGUACCAGAAAUAGAGGUAUGAGCUCUUUUGCAGACCAGCCCUACCAUUAGUC